AUUUCAACUGCACUGUGAAGUUCCAAUGUCAAAAUUACGGUAAGUGGUUCCUUUCAGCAAGCGUUCAGGGCGCUCCCACUAGUCCCAGGGGACUCCCUGCUGAUUGCCUUCAUCGCAUUCUUCAGCCUGCAAGCCCGAGCUUUAUGUAGUGACAUCCAAGAUGAAGAGCUUCACAAGCGCUUUGGCCAAGGUGGCAGGUCGUAUCGAGGACACGAUUCAAGAUGUCACUGGUCCGAAGGCCAUGCAGAACUACGCGCUUGGGGAACAGGUCGGGAGUGGGGGCCCGGGACUCUUCUGGAAGCUCUACAAGGCGAAGCCGAGGAGCAAAGCAGCGCAGGCCACGAAUGCAGAGGUCUGCGUGUGGCUCCUCGACAAGCGGGAGCUCACCGAGCUAGGCGAACGGCGGGGCUCCCGCGGCACCGCCGACCGUCUGCUAGACGUCUACCGCAAAGAUGCGCAGCAGCUGCUUCGGCUGCGGCAUCCGGGGAUUGUGCGCGUGAUUGAGCCGCUGGACGAGACCAAGUUCGCAAUGGCCAUGGUUACGGAGCCGGUCUUCUGCUCCCUGGCGAACGUGCUCAAGCAGUUUGACAACAUCAAGGACGUCUCGGAGGAGCUGCAGGCCUUAGAGAUGUCUGAGCUCGAGAAGAAGCACGGCCUGCUCCAACUCUGCGAGACCCUCUCCUUCAUCCACGAUAACGCGCGCGUGCUGCACCGAGCAAUCAACCCGUCUUCUGUGUUCAUCACCUCAGGAGGCGCCUGGAAGUUUGCGUGCUUCGGGUUCGCGCUGUUCCUCGACAAGCUGAUUGAGGGCCACGAGGCAGCCUUCGUCUACCCAGAGCACGAUAACGCGGACCAAUCCCUAAGCGCGUACCCCCCCCUGGACUACACCGCUCCCGAGCUGACGCGUUCCGGCACCGGGAAUCCGACAUACGCAGCGGACAUGUUUUCGAUGGGGUCCCUGACGUACCACACGCUGACCGGGAAUUCCUUGCUGUCAAGUAGCGGGAAUUUGAGAACGUACACCAACACCGUGACGUACCUCGCCUCCCGCGGCUUCCCCGGCGCGUCCCCCGACCUCUCUCCCGAGCUGCAGCGCCUCACCCACCCCGACCGGACGCACCGCCCCGACGCCGCUUCUUUUUCCACCUCCCCCUGGUUUCGGGACGACAUCCGGUUGCGUGCGCUGCGCUUUCUGGACCAUAUGCUCGAGCGAGACAACAUGGCCAAAAGUUCGUUUCUGAAAUCUUUGGGGGGGAUGUGGCCCAGCUUCGACAGCCGGGUGCUGCGGUUCAAAGUGUUACCCCCCCUUGCGGCGGAGCUGCGCAACGAGGCGCUGCAGGGGCAGAUCCUGCCGAUGAUCAUGGCCGUCGCGGAACAGCAGGACGCUCGCGAGUUCGAGCUGGCGACGCUCCCCCACCUGCUGCCCCUCAUGCUGACGGGGCAGUCGGACAUCCUGCUCCUACUCGUCAAGCACACGUCGCUGCUGUCCGCGAAAGUACCGGACGCGUUUCGGACCAGCCACGUCAUCCCGAUGCUCGUCCGCGGGUUCGACGACACGGACACCCGGAUCCAGGAGGAGGUGCUGAAGAAGACGGGCAGCUUCGCGCAGAGUAUGGAGUAUCAGUUGCUGAAGCAGGCCGUGCUGCCACGUGUCCACGGGCUGGCCCUCAAAACUGCCAAUGCCGCCGUGCGCGUCCACGCGCUCAUCGCGCUCGGCGAACUCAUCUCCCGCCUCGACAAGCAAGAAAUCGCAAACGUGCUCACGACGUUACAAAAAGUGGUCGCCGUCGAUCACACUGCGCCGACGCUGAUGUGCGUGCUGGGCGUGAGCGACCUGAUGGCGAAAGCGAACGGCGUCGAAUACGCGACGGAGCAUUUGCUGCCGAUGCUGCUCCCGCUGACGAUGGCGACGCAGCUCAGUACGCAGCAGUUCGCGAAGUUCAUGCGCGUGAUCUAUGACACGCUGCGGCGCAUCGAGGAGAAGCGGGGGGUGAUUUUGUCGGAGGUCGAGAAAACGGUGGACCUGAAGCAGGUUGACAUCAGCGCAAACGGGCUGAAAAAGAGUGGUGGAAGCGGCGCGGCGAAACCGGCUGCAGGGGCGACCAAGCAGCAAACGGCGUGGGAUGAGGACGAUUGGGCCGCAAUCAACAAAGGGGGGGGUGGCGGCAAGGCCGGGGGCGAGAAAGUCGACUGGGCGGGUACUGUUGGCGGGGCGCUCCCUGCCCCCCAGAAAGCAACCCCCCCGGAGCUCCCUCCGAAGGCACCGGCCGUGGCAAGUCAGCCGCCUGUGUCCGGGUUUGAGUGGCCGCCGCCGACCGGGGGGGUGUCUGGUGGGGCUAUGGGUGGGGGGGGGAGUCAAGGGGCGUCGGCAAGUUGGGACGCGUUCGGCGCGAGCGCCGGGGGGCAGAACGUUGGAAGCGCACGGAGAGUGAGCAGUACGGGCAAUCUGUCGGCUCCGCCGACUGGCAACGGGGACGCGGACCCGUUUGCAGACUGGCCGCCCCGGUCAAGUACCAGCGGUUCCGCUAAUCCUCCGGCAGUGAGUAGCUGGGGAACGGGCUCGUCAAGCAGCGGUGGGUAUGGUCUGGGCGGCGGCCCCGCUCUUUCAAGCAGCAAAGCUCAGGCGCCGUUAGGGAGAAUCGGAUCGAGCUCCGCCCCGCUUUCCGACGCGGACUGGACGAUACCAACGAUGGGCGCGAGCACUCCCAGCGUGACUAAUCCCGCUUACCAAGCCAAGCCAAAGAACGACCUGUCGUCCAUCUUUGCCCCUACGACCGACUAUCAACCAACACCGCGGCAGCAAGCAGCUGCGAGCCGGAUGCCCACAAUAGCGCCACCUGGUCAAGGCUCGAAAAUGGGGGCCUCCGGUCAAGGACAGACUCAAAGUUCGCAGUCAUUGAUGGACCUCUUCUGAUACCCGAGUAUGCUUAAGUGUCCCUCAAUCCGGUAAUAAUACACCUGCCAACGAGAUUGCCGCUUGCAAUCGCUUUUGCUGUCCUGGCGCUUUGAAUCGUGAAAUUUCUUUGGCAAU